GGAAAAACUUGACUGAUUAGAAAAUCACAAUUCAGCUCGUUCAUUUUUUAGCGUUUCAUGGCACAUGUUCACUUUAUAAAAUGUCUUUCCAUCCUCCACCUUCCACCUAUCACCCUCAUGAAGGAAAAUAAUACCCUGGCCUUUGGUGUCAUGCGGCUGUUUAUGUGACCUUGAGGACGUCCAUAUGUCACAAUGGACAGUGAGUUAUUCCUUCACACUAAGCGUUAGCAGAUGCCAGGCUAGCCCACGGGGCUACCAGAUGAACGAGACCCAGCCCUGCACGUUCGUAAACAAGAUGGCCACAUAAACAUAACUGUAAAGCAAGUGCUUUUGUGGACAAGCUGUCUCUCAUGGGCCCAAACUGAAUGGUGGAAAUACACGAACUCCUCAAACUGGCUUCCAGGGCAGGCCUGUCUGUCCUCAAGGCCACCACUAAGGCCACUGUCCAUCCAACGAAUGGAGGCCCUGAGCAGGCACCCUUCCCUGGGGACUGUCCACAGAACAAUUGCCGAGCAGAACGGUGUCCCUCUUCUCUGGUUUCUGUCUUUGGGAAUCUGGCUCCUUUUUGGGAUUCCAUCCUGUAGGUCAAGUGCUGCCGCCCUCACCAAGCAAACCGGAAACAAGCAGAGAUCUUCCCUGGAGGCUACACCAGGAAGUCGGGAAUAAAAUCCCAGCACAAUGCUCCUCACCGGGGCCACCGAUCCAACUGAAGAUGAGACGGCGGACAAGCCUCCCAGGUGUUCACUGCCAGAAUUUUAUGCAUUUCUUGAGAAUUUUAAUAAGGAGAGCAAGAAAUCGAGUCUCCGAAAAACUCACGGUAUUUCACCUAGUGAGGCACAGGAAAUGCUUAGUCAAAACCUCAAUGCCAUGUCAUUCACCAGUGGAGCUGAUGUGAGGGAUGAAGACCCCCGGCCCAUUUUCACGUGCAAGGUGGUUAGAAAAGAAAAGGAGCAACCAGAAUCGAUGACCGGACUGCUGUACCGAAGCUUGUUGACCAGCUCAACCUCUCCGGGGAAGGGACUCUCCAGAUCCCAACAGAGGCUCUUGCGGCGUGGGAUUCCUCCCCCUGCACACACUUUUCCUCACGAGAUUCUUAUCAAUCACUCCAGCUCCUCGUCACUGUUCCCCACACAGAAGACUCAGAGAAUUAACAUAUUACACGGGCUGGGCAUUUCCAGGAUCAUGCCGGAAAAUUUCACCUUUGAGCACAAAAUUGCUAAGUACUUCUUAGUUGAUCCAGAAAAACAAUUCAUGGAUCUAAGGGAUCUGGAGUGGCGGUAUUACAAGGGGAUCGUGAAGUGCAAGCACGGUACUUCAGAUUCAUUCAUAAAUAUAAGAUACAACAGUGAGAAGAGAUUUGUGGAGAGCCAGCAGAUGCCUGGUGUUAUUUCCCCCCCUCUAGUUUAUAGGUCUUUAGUCAUUUAUCCUCAGGUUGAUUAUCCAGAAAGUACAACUUCCUCUUAAAUAAAACAUGGAGCUUAUUAAAAUAUCUUGGAUGUAGAUUUUGCUUUUGACAGCAUUGAACUUAUACAUGAAAAGUAAAGAAGCAGAGGGGAGGAGCCAUGGAACAUGAGAACUGGAUCCAUACAAUAUUCAUGGAGGGUCCAAAAUCAAGCCAUUAAUACGGAGAAAAAAAAUUCGAAUUGAUCUGCUUGGGUAAGACCAGGUUUGGACUCGUGAAACCCAUCUGGACCAAGGCUGAGGCAAAUCUGGAUCAUGUGAAAGGUAAGGAUACCGAGGAAGAAGAACUACCAAGUAAGAAUACCUCUUUAAAAAAUAAGCACACGAAGAAGUAUAUUAUCAUAAAACUAGUUGGUAAAUUUAACAAAUGGAAGAAUUAACCCCUGAGGAUAUAGAGAUCAAUCUGCGAACUUAACAAUAAUAUGUUAACUACUCAAAGACAUGAGGAAGGAAGUAGCAUUUAUGAAAUAAAAACAGGAAGAUUUGAAAAAAACAAUUUGGAAAUCCUGAAAGUGAAAAAUC